AACUUCACUGACACCCAUCGCCUUUGGACGUUUCCCUCACUUUCUUGGCGAGCAAACAGACAAUCUAUCUAACUCUCUCGUCAUUAUAAGAGCAACCCUCUGUUGAAUUUUUCGCAGAAUUAUAUAGAAAGAGGUUCAAAUGGGUAGGCCUCCUUGCUGCGAUAAGAUCGGUGUCAAGAAAGGACCUUGGACUCCUGAAGAAGAUAUCAUCUUGGUCUCUUAUAUUCAAGAACAUGGACCUGGGAAUUGGAGAUCCGUACCGACUAAUACAGGUUUGCUUAGAUGUAGUAAGAGCUGCCGGCUUAGAUGGACAAAUUAUCUCCGGCCAGGAAUUAAACGCGGUAACUUCACCGAUCAUGAAGAGAAGAUGAUCAUCCACCUGCAAGCUCUUUUGGGGAACAGAUGGGCAGCCAUUGCUUCCUAUCUUCCUCAGAGAACAGACAACGAUAUAAAAAAUUAUUGGAAUACCCAUUUGAAGAAGAAGCUGAAAAAGCUUCAAACGGGCGUCGAUGGACAAAACCAAGAUGUGUUGUCCUCUUCACAACAAGUCUCAAAGGGUCAGUGGGAGAGAAGGCUCCAAACGAACAUUCACAUGGCGAAACAAGCGCUUUGUGAGGCUUUAUCUCUUGACAAAUCAAGCUCUUUUCCAGCUGACUCAAAGCCUUCAACAAACAUCCAUCAUCCUUAUACAACUCCUUAUCAGGGUUCUACCUAUGCGUCAAGCGCUGAAAACAUAUCCAAAUUGCUUGAAAAAUGGAUGAAAAUUCCAACAAAAACACCUCAAACAAACUCAGAAACCACUCAGGAUUCGUUCAACAACGCUGUUGCAACAACAGGUUCGAACUCUAGUGAAGGGGCGGCAAGUGCUACCACACCUGAAGGUUUUGACUCACUGUUUAGCUUCAACUCUUCUAACUCAGAUGCCUCUCAAUCGAUGUCGGUGGACGAGACGACGACAACGACGGUCAAUUUGACACCUGAUACAAGCCUCUUUCAAGAUGAAAGCAAGCCCAAUUUGGAGACUCAUCAAGUCCCUCUAACUUUGCUAGAGAAAUGGCUCUUUGAUGAAAGUGCCUCUCAGGGUAAUGAAGACAUAAUUAACAUGUCAUUAGAGGAUAGUGCCACGUUGUUUUAGAAGAGAAAUCGUCGAAACAUAGACCUUUUCUCUCUUUGUUUUUGUGGGUUUAAAGCCUUGAGCUAGAGAAGAUCGAAGCUGUUAAUUUCUAGCUUAGUCUAAACAGAAACUUAACUCUCCUUCUCUCUCCUUCGAGGAAGAACAAAAAGUGUAAAUUAUUUCAUAAGCUUUUAUCUGAAUUAAUAUGCCAUAAUAUGUAUUAGUUCAUAAAAUAAAUCUCUUCUUCGUUCGUCGUUCUAAGAAUUACUUGUAAUCUUUGUACUUUGUGCAACUUUGGCCAAGGGAGUAACUCCGGUGUCUCUUCCUUGCCGAAGCAGGUAGUAGUAGUCAUCAACUCCUCUUAGUUGAAGAAAGUACAAUGUAAAUUACACAUACUUUUACUAAUAAUUAAUGUUCUAUGUACUGCUUCAUAAAUACAAUAAAUUUCUUUUUGGA